CAGUAUGUGACCAAAACUGAUCGCGAAGUACUUACAUAUUGCUUUUCCCAAAAGAAUAUUGGCGCGAAAUACUUCAACCUUGAAAUUUUUGUAGAUUUGCGCGAGUUUAUCCACAUUUAUUGAUCAAGUUUUUAGUGUUCGAUUAUACCUAUACCUGAUAACAAAAUUACUCGAUAAACAGUGCAGAGUAGGUACGUUGAAGCAAAAUACCAAACUACAGAAGUAAGAUUUAUACAGAUACGUACAAUUUGAACCUCCACAAUUGAAGGCAGUUCAUUAUUGGAGAAUGUCAACAACAGAGCCAACUUGCGAAGACACAAUACUAAAAUUCGGAGUACAUUACAGAGACAAUAUUAGUAUUUAUGUGAAUAUGCCGAUAAAUGUCAUUGGGACGAUAUUAAACACGAUCAAUUUAUUAGUAUUUACAAGAAAAACGAUGAGAUCACCAGUGAACCUGAUAUUCACUCACUUGACCUUGGUAGAUAUAGCAUUGCUCUUAGGAGCUUUUCCAUAUGCAUGGCUAAUACCUCAAUACAGCGGCGGCUACGCUGAUAUAGGACGAACUUACCCAAAAGCAAUACUAUACAUGCGGUGUUAUGAUUUUAUAACCACCCUUCAUUUCAUAUCUGCAUUCCUUACCAUACAGUUGGCUGUAUGGAGAUACAUUGCAAUAGCAUAUCCGUUGAAGGAACGCCAGUGGUGUAAUAUGAAAGCUACACGCAAUGUAUUAAUGGCUGGCUACAUUGUAUGCGUAUUGCUCAGCAUACCGAUGUAUUUAUCGAGAGAUAUUGAUGUUAAAGCGUAUAAUAAUAAUCAAACAAUCACUUAUACACCCACAUACAAGAAAGAAUCCACCAUUUACAAAAUUUCCCUCAUAGUCAACGGGGUGUUCUUCCAAUUAGUGCCCUCAAUUGUGCUACCAAUAUUCAGCUUGAAAUUAAUAUUUGUCUUACUGAAAUCAAAAAAGCAUUCGGAACGCCCGGAAACUCCAGAACUGUUUACCGUCCAAAAUAAAAUAACGACGACCCGCAACACGAAUCCACAAACAGAUCGGUCAAUCAGCGUAUUAUUGACAGUCAUGGCGUUGUUUUUAACCACCAAGAUUCCCUUAGGAAUAAUCCAAGUGAUAAUUACAAUCGACCACAGGAGAAAUUAUUUCGAUUGUUACAGAGGCCUGCUGGUAAUUCUGAAUACUUUGAAUGAAUUUAAUUUAUCUGUAACGUUUAUAGUAUACUAUACGAUGAGUAAAAAGUUCAGAAUCACAUUAAAAUCUCUGCUCAACAAUCACCGUAAUCUAUCUCAAGAAAGUGGGUACCACCUUCGCCACUCGAGGCAGUGGACAAAAAACCAGGGUUGCCAAAUGAUAGGGAGAGAAAAUCCGUUCAAAGCCUAAAUUUUUCAAAAUCAAAAAUCUGUUUGAAAUCCAUUUUGUUUUUUGUUAGAAAACAAUUUGAUGGCACCCUAGUGACAAAAUAUGAGAGUGUUUUCGCUAGCGACUUUUUAGGACCACUUCGCUAUAGCGUUUUCGCUGGCGAAUAGCGAAUCCGCUCUACAAGGUAUGCUAUUCACUGUAGGGGGUAAUGUGUAGCUGGAACAAGUAACCAAACAAAAGAAAAAGAUUCCUUUUGUGACAAAACUACAACCACAAUUAACAGAAAUAUGAAUGUGUAGGGUAGGUGCCUAGGUAUGUAUGUUGUAGUUGCACAGAAAAGUCAUUAUCUUCCCCUUACACUCCAACUAAAGAGUGAUGGAACCUGUUUUCUUCUCUACUUUCUCUGGGAUGUUUAGUUUGGUUCUUGCUGAUCUCCUCCUACCCCGCAUAUCUGGUACUGAUGUAAGGGAUGUUUGUCAACUUCAUUUACAGGAGUACACCACUGCUGCAGGUUUAGAAAUUGGUAUUAAAUUAAGCAUAUAUGGCAAUCGAUCCUCGUUCAGGAAGGUAAUUUUUUUUUAUCAAUUUUGAGAAAUUUAUCUACCCAAAUAUAUGUAUCUGUAGCCAAUAAUUUUUCUAAUUUUUUGAGAUGUGUUUGAACAGUAUGUGAUAUGGUUAUGACAGUGAAAUAUUUUUUUAAAAAAGAAAUUGGUCAUUUGUGAAACAUUUCCAGAAAAAAGAAAAACAUGCUGCGUUUCAUGGGUUUCUGAAACUGAAAGUGCUUCACACUAAAAAAACAGAUAUGUACUUAAUUGCAUACCUAAGCACAUAUAUCCACACAAUUAUUAAGAGGAAAAGACAAGCCAUUUGGAGUACAUAGCAGUCAAUUCAAUUUGUAAAAAUGAACAAAAAACUCCGUUGUUGGCCAAAGGAGGAUGGCCUAUUUUGUUGUCAGAAAUUCUGUGCACUUCAAGAGAAUAAGUACACUUAAAGUCCUAUACUUCUCCUUCAUAAGGUCAAUUCUGGAGUUUGGUGUACUAGUUUGGUUCCCUCAUACUAGAAAAUUUAUAAAAGAGCUUGAAAAAAUUCAAACUAGAUUUUUAAAGUACCUAUAUUUGAGGACUUUUGAAUAUUAUCCUUAUGACUUAUCACAAAAAGAACUUUUGGAAGGGUUUGAAGUGGAUCCAUUAGAAAAAAGAAGAGAAACAAUUGCAUUAAUGUUUCUGUAUGACCUUAUCCACUGCAACAUAAAUGACAGUAACCUUUUGGGAAAAAUCAAUUUCUGGGCCCCAAAAAUCCACUCCAGGCAGAAAAAAAUAUUCUCCUUAAACAAUUACAACACAUUUAGGAUGAAGGUAUCUCCUAUGAACAACGUCAUGGGUAUCUCUGACAAUUUCCUCUGUAGGUGUGCAGAUGCUGAUAUUUUUAGUAUGGGUAGGUCUGCUUUCAAGCGUGUGGUGGGGGUGGCAUGGGAGUAGGAGUGGGGGUGCAGUGGGAGCUGUUUGUGAACCAUUUCAUAUUCUGUAUCUUAUUCUUUUUAGUUCUCUAUGUUUUUUUUCUUUUCUUUUUUUAAUAAGUAUUUCUUCUGUUUGGUGUUAUACUUUUUUGCAUACUCCUUACAUUC